CGCGGCGCUGCUCGGCUCGGCUCGGCUCGGCUCGGCUCGGCUCGGCUCGGCUCGGCUCGGCUCGGCUCGGCUCGGCUCGGCUGCUGGCCCGACGGCGCCGUCGGGCAGAGGGUUCGCUUCGCGCCCCGCAGCGCCCGGCGGCCGCGGGAUGGAGCUCGGUGCGGCGCAGCUGCUGGCGCUCCUGCUUUGCCUGGCUCCCGGUUUAUUUAUUUGUCUGGAUCAGCCAACUCUUAGCAUCCAAAAAGAUGUCCUCACAAUAACUGCAAAUGACACUCUAAAUAUUACUUGCAGCGGUCAGAGACCUCUGGAGUGGUCCUGGCCAAGCAACCAGAGCAGUGCUGAGAAGCGUAUCUCUGUGACAGACUGCAGCAAUGGCCCCUACUGCAAGACACUUACUCUCCUCAGAGUCAUCGGCAAUGACACGGGGGACUACAGGUGCCUUUACAGGGACAACCAGGCAGCUACAACCAUUUAUGUCUACGUUCAAGAUUACAGAUCUCCAUUUGUGACUUCAGUUAGUGAUCAGCUUGGCAUUGUAUACAUCACUAAGAAUAAAACUGUGGUAGUGCCGUGCCUUGGAACUGUAUCAAAUCUCAAUGUAUCUCUACAUGCGAAAUAUCCAGAAAAGAUAUUUGUUCCUGAUGGUAAAUCAAUUUCGUGGAAUAAUAAAAAAGGCUUCACGAUACCCAGUCAUUUAAUCAACUAUGCGGGCAUGGUCUUCUGUGAAGCUAAAAUAGAUGAUGAAAGCUACCAGUCUGUGAUAUACAUAGUUGCAGUUGUAGGAUACCAAAUUUAUGACCUGACAAUGAACCCACACGACCAAGUAGAGCUGGCAGUGGGAGAAAAACUUGUUCUCAAUUGCACUGUAAGGACAGAGCUGAAUGUAGGAAUUGAUUUUAAAUGGGACUACCCUUCCAUCAAGGAAAAACGUGCCACCAUAAGGGAUUUAAAAACCACUGCAGGAGAAGUAAAGAAGUUUGUAAGCACUCUUACCAUCGACAGUGUGUCCUUAAGUGACAAAGGUCGAUAUACUUGCGCAGCAUCCAGUGGUCGUAUGAACAUGAAAAACAGCAGUUACUUCAUUAUCCAUGAAAGUCCUUUUAUACAUCUGGAGAGAAUGGAGAACUUGGUUGAGACAAGACUAGGUGAUACAGUCAAAAUUCCUGUCAAGUUUAAAGGAUAUCCUCCACCAGAGGUGAAAUGGUAUAAAAAUGUAAAGGCCAUCAAUGCAAAUCAUACAGUUAAACUUGGCUACACAUUAGUGAUUACUGAAGCAACUGAAAAGGAUGCUGGAAAUUACACUGUUGUCCUUACAAACCCUACUAACAAGAUGCAGAGGAGGCAUACAUUUACGCUGCUUGUGAAUGUCCCUCCCCAGAUUGGCGAGAACGCGCUGCUGGCCCCUGUCGACUCCUACAAGUACGGUUCGACGCAGGCGCUCACCUGCACCAUCUAUGCUGUCCCGCCACCCGCCACUGUCCUCUGGCACUGGCAGCUGGAGGAGGAGUGCACUUUCAACCCCCAGAAAGUUCGCUCAGGAGCCAAUCCGUAUGCAUGCAGGAAAUGGAAAGCCAUCUCGGAGAGAAAGGGUGGGAAUCAGGUUGAAAUUAAGCACCGAGUUGUUACCAUUGCUGGGAAAACAAAGACUGUGAGCACCCUUGUGAUUCAAGCAGCGAAUGUAUCUGCUUUGUAUAGAUGUAUGGCUAUGAACAGAGCUGGGUCAAGCGAGAGAGUUAUCUCCUUUCAUGUGACCAGGGGUCUUGAAAUUAAUCUCCAGCCUCGGAAUCAACUCACAGAGAAGGAUAACAUGUCCUUGCAGUGCACAGCAGACAAAUUCACCUUUGAGAAGCUAUCAUGGUACAAACUCAGCACUCAUGCUUCACAGACUCCCUUUGGAGGGCUGCCCAUGCCUGUUUGCAAGAACCUCAAUGCUCUCCAGAAGCUGAAUGCGACAGUUUCAAAUAUCAAUGGUGAAAAUAUCACCUUAGAGCUCAUCCUCCGUAACAUCUCCCUCCAGGAUGGAGGGGACUAUGUUUGCAUUGCCCAGGACAAGAAGGCUAAAACACAGCACUGCCUGGUGAAGCAUCUCACUGUUCAAGAGCCCAUGGCACCCACACUUGUAGGAAAUCUGGAAAAUCAAACAACAAACAUUGGUGAAACCAUAGAAGUGUCAUGCACAGCGAAUGGCAUUCCUCCCCCAAACAUCAUGUGGUUCAAAAAUAACGAAACCCUCGUUGAAGAUUCAGGUAUUGUUUUGAAAGAUGGAAACAAAACACUAACCAUACGUCGAGUGAGGAAAGAGGAUGGAGGGCUAUACACCUGCCUUGCCUGCAAUGUCAUUGGAUGCAGAAAAGCAGUGGCUUUUUUUUCAGUAGAAGGCGCUGAAGAGAAAACAAAUCUGGAGCUCAUUAUCCUCGUUGGCACUGCAGUGAUUGCCAUGUUCUUCUGGUUGCUUCUUGUAAUCAUCCUCCGAACCGUUAAGCGGGCCAAUGGAGGGGACAUGAAGACUGGCUACUUGUCAAUCAUCAUGGAUCCUGAUGAAGUCCCUAUAGACGAGCACUGCGAACGGCUCCCAUAUGAUGCCAGCAAGUGGGAGUUUCCCAGAGACCGGCUAAAGCUAGGUAAACCUCUGGGGCGUGGAGCUUUUGGCCAGGUCAUAGAAGCAGAUGCGUUUGGGAUUGACAAAACUGCUACCUGCAAAACAGUGGCAGUCAAAAUGCUUAAAGAAGGUGCAACUCAUAGUGAGCACAGAGCACUUAUGUCAGAGCUGAAGAUCCUCAUUCAUAUUGGCCAUCAUCUCAAUGUUGUCAAUUUACUUGGAGCCUGCACAAAGCCGGGAGGCCCACUCAUGGUGAUUGUGGAAUAUUGCAAGUUCGGAAAUCUGUCAGCUUACCUACGGAGCAAGAGGAGUGAAUUUGUCCCGUACAAGACCAAAAGUGCCAGGUGUCGACAGGGGAAGGAGAACUACGUCGGAGAUGUCUCCGCAGACUUGAAGCGACGGUUGGACAGCAUCACAAGCAGCCAGAGCUCAGCAAGCUCUGGCUUUGUGGAGGAGCGCUCCUUGAGUGACGUGGAAGAGGAGGAUGCUGGUUCUGAAGACCUUUGCAAGAACCCUUUGACCAUGGAGGACCUCAUCUGUUAUAGUUUCCAGGUGGCGAGGGGGAUGGAGUUUUUGGCUUCACGCAAAUGCAUCCACAGGGACCUGGCUGCUCGUAAUAUCCUCUUGUCAGACAAUAACGUGGUCAAAAUCUGUGAUUUUGGCUUGGCUCGAGACAUCUACAAAGACCCAGAUUAUGUCAGAAAAGGAGAUGCCAGACUACCCCUGAAAUGGAUGGCACCAGAAACCAUUUUUGAUAGAGUAUAUACUAUUCAGAGUGACGUAUGGUCCUUUGGAGUUCUGCUAUGGGAAAUAUUUUCAUUAGGCGCGUCGCCGUACCCUGGUGUGAAAAUUGAUGAGGAAUUUUGCAGAAGACUGAAAGAAGGAACAAGAAUGAGAGCACCAGACUAUACAACACCAGAAAUGUACCAAACAAUGCUGGAUUGCUGGCAUGGAGAUCCUAAGCAGAGACCAACUUUUUCAGAGCUGGUGGAGCACCUGGGGAAUUUACUGCAAGCCAAUGUCCGUCAGGAUGGUAAAGACUACGUUGUCCUUCCUUUGUCAGUAUCACUGAAUAUGGAAGAGGAUUCGGGUCUCUCUCUCCCAACUUCACCUGCUUCCUGUAGGGAGGAAGAGGAAGUCUGUGAUCCUAAAUUCCAUUAUGACAACACAGCAGGAAUUAGUCAGUACCGGCAAGGUAGCAAAAGAAAAAGCCGCCCUGUGAGUGUGAAAACAUUUGAAGAUGUCCCUUUGGUAACCACAGUAAAAGUUGUUCAGGAGGUGAAUUUGUUGUUUGAAAACCAGACAGAUAGUGGGAUGGUUCUUGCAUCUGAAGAGCUGAAGACAUUGGAAGAGAGCGAUAAACAAGUGAAAAUACCUUUUAGCACGCUGGUGCCCAGCAAGAGUAACGAGUCCGUCAUGUCCGAAGCCUCCAACCAGACAAGCGGGUAUCAGUCAGGGUACCAUUCGGACGAUAUGGACACCACCGUCUACUCCAGCGAGGAGACUGAACUCUUGUGCGCCCGGGAGGCUUCGCCCCCAUUCUGCCGCGCACACGGGCUGGCCUACGACGGGGCUGUGCCGCUUGCCUCCCCACCGCUCUAGGGCAAAGCCAGUGGCCCCGGGUCCCCCCGGGUUGUGCCUUCCUUGCCUGGGCUGGUGGUAUUCAGGUUUGAUGUAUAGAAAGACGGCAUCUGUGAGACUAAGACAAGAUGUUUAUUUUUCCUGAAGAGGAUGUAGAAGCGUCUGGUAGCAAAACUAUGCCGUGCCAGGCUGCAGGGCGCCUUCCUCAAGAGACACUGGGCGGCUGAGGGUGCAAAGCCCUGGCCGCUGCAUGUGGUCUGUGCCGACCCGAUGGCGGUGUGGUGGCCUUUGGGACCCCAGUGACAUGCUAGGCAUCUGCUUGAUGCAGGCAGCAGCACGACGUUCAACUUAACUCUUUCCAGUUGUACGAAAUAAUGGCACAGCCUUGCUCUUUUUUCAUUGUUUUUCCCCUUGUGGCUGGACUCCAGGAAGGAAACAGCACGGCACUGGCUUCUUGUUUCUCAGAGUUAGCCCCUGCUUGCACCUCUACAAACAAAAAAAGGAACCUCCAGCUCAAGGCUCUGGCACUUGCCAACAGCCUGAGACUAAAUAUAGGCUGGGCUAAAUAUAGGUGGGAGUGAUGGUCUCUGUCCUUGGCAGAGAAGAGAAGCUGCUGUACCAGACCUCAGGAGCUGCAUUUGCUUGCAAGACUUGUGCGGUGAGGCUGGUUAGUAGGAAGAAGGCAGAGCACCAAGCCAAGUGACAGGACAUGGGUGCCAGGGGCAUGCCUCACCUCUGAGGGUGGCUCUGGCCCCGUCCUCCCCAGCACCCUCGACCCAUGCCAGGUGCCUACCUCCUUCUGAGCUAGCCUGAAACGGCUGCAGAAAAUACACCCCUGCUCUGAAUCACCACUGGGGCAGCCUCUACAACAGGUAGAAAAGGCAAUGUAAUCUACCUUAGGACUACGGGGAGCCCUGUGGUCCUGGUGGGACAUCCUAAGGGCACCCUACCUUCUCAUCUCAUCCCCCUCCCUCAGAUGUAGGUCUGACUCUUUCACUUUGCAAACUCAAAGUCUGUUUGCAAUGGCAGAGAUCUCCGUUGAUGUGUUCUUGGGAAUCCGUGACUGGUUUCAUGGCAGCUCUGAUCUUCUCUGAGUGGUGAGAUUGUGCCUAGUUGUUGGACAACUUCUUACCUGUGUCCUUGUAGUCCCAGAGCUCUAUUGAUAGACACAGCACAGGCUACAAGAUUUGAAAAUGUAAAGCUAUUUCUACUGAGUUCUUUUUUGUAUUUUUAUAAUUAUUAUUUUUUUGUUUGUACUUACUAUAAUGUCAAAUGCUGGGAACCAUGAAUAUAAGGCAUAUACAGUAUUUAUAGCCUCUUUAUGUAGAAAUAAAUGUAAUAUAUUAAAAUACAAAUAUAUAUAUUAUAUAAUGGA